AUGCAUUUCGUGCAACCACUCUCGAUCCUUAGCGCUAUCCUGUCGUCCGCGCUAGCCUACAAUGCGCCGAAGCCGCCGACGUUGACCUUAUUGUACAGCAUGGCAUGCGACCUGGCUCCGGAAAUGUCAAUGGGCGCCGUGCCUACUGGCCAAGAACGCAUUAUCAUUCCCAUAAUUGGCGGUACAUUCAACGGAUCCCGCAUAUCCGGAAAGAUUCUGAACGUCGGUGCCGACUGGUACCUCGUGGACAGCCGGGGGAAAGGUCGUCCUGAUACACGGUACAAUCUCCAAACAAAUGACGGAACCUACAUAUACGUGCAGACAGAGGGGCCGACUUUUGAAGAUGGACGGACUCUGCUUCGUGCCAAGUUCGAAGCGCCCAUCAAUUCGACAUACUCGUGGAUGAAUGAGGUUGUUGGACUGGGGGUGCUGACCGUCAAUGGUACGCAGCAAGUGCUGAUCGAUAUGUGGCAUGCAUCUCUGUGA